CUUUCCAUUUCCAUUUUUCAUCCAUAACAACAAGAACUCCUUCUUCUCUCUCCGGCGACCUUACCAGUUCUUCAGCUCACUCCUCCGCUUCAUAUAGUUCCACUGUGAGCUCAGAGGAGAAUCGAAAAAUGAAGUUGACUCCGAGAGAGGUGGAAAAACUAAUGCUCCACAACGCUGGAUUCCUAGCACAGAAGCGUCUGGCUCGUGGCCAAAGGCUCAAUCAUCCUGAAGCCGUAGCACUUAUAGCAACACAAAUUUUGGAGUUUGUGCGUGAUGGUGAGAAGUCUGUGGCAGAACUAAUGGACAUUGGUAAACAAUUCUUAGGAAGGUACCAUUUGUAUCAUUAUCAAAUUUCUUCAUUUGUUUUUUUAUAUAGUGUAAUUUAAAAUUAAGUGGGGAUAAGGAUUAUAAAAGGUUAAGUUGGGAUAUAAAGAAAAUAUUGUGAUGCCUAAGAUAAAAAGAGGGAAGUUUUUUUUUUUUGAGUUUUAAAAUGUUUGAUUUGAUCUAAAGGAUGCUUUUUAUGAACAGUUUGAAAGGUUCAGUUGAGCAUGAGAAUGUGAAUGUGUGAUGGUUCAACAAUAUAUGUUCUCAUACAUGAGAUAAGAAAGACACAGUCUUGCUUGUUGGACCUUUAGGCACUUCUUAGAGAUAUUAGCAUCACUGGGUAUAGCUAGGUUUGUCAAAGUUAGCAUACCAGGGUAUUGAUAAAGUUACUUUUAGAAAUGAAUGAAUGUUGCAGUAUAUUACCUUGAAGGUUCCAGGAAGUGUAAAUCAUACCUUCCUAAAAAGUUUCACGAUUUCUGUGAAUGACCAAUAUGGAAACCCCUUACAGGGAAAUCUUUGAUUAAAGGUUUUCUUGUAAUUGAUGUGGCGAAGGACCCAAUACUUUGGUAUUACUGAACUUCUGUAAACUAUUAUACAAUGAUAUUUCCUUCAAAGUUGUUUACAUAUGACAACUAAAGAUACUGCAAUUUUUUUGCUUUUUAACAGGGGACAAGUACUUCCUGCUGUUCCAUACCUUUUGCAUACUGUGCAGGUUGAGGGGACCUUUCCUGACGGGACAAAGUUAAUCACCAUCCACGAUCCGAUUGCUAGUGAAAAUGGAAAUCUGGAGCUAGCUUUAUAUGGUUCUUUUCUCCCAGUUCCUUCACUAGACAAGUUUCCCAUAGUAGAGGAUGAUCAAAUUCCUGGUGAACUGAGCUGUAAAGGCGGAUGUAUCAUACUUAAUUGUGGAAGGAAAGCAGUGAUCCUUAAAGUCACUAAUACUGGAGACAGGCCAAUACAGGUUGGCAGCCAUUAUCCUUUUAUUGAGGUGAACCCUUACUUGGUUUUUGAUCGAAGGAAAGCAUAUGGCAUGCGGUUGAAUAUACCAGCAGGGACAGCUAUACGUUUCGAGCCAGGGGACACAAAAAGUGUGACUCUUGUGAAAAUUGGGGGUAGGCAAGUUAUCAGAGGAGGGAGCAGCAUUGCUGAUGGUCCUUUUGAUCAUGACAAUAUCAGAAUAUUAAUGGAAGCUGUGCAAGCAAGAGGAUUUGGGCAUUCUGAUGAAACAAGUGCCAGUGAAGGUGCUAUCCAAGAAGGAUCUGCUUUUACGAAUUCAAUUUCUCGCGAAGCCUAUGCUAACAUGUAUGGUCCUACCACCGGAGACAAAGUUCGGCUUGGUGACACUGACUUGUUUGCAGAAAUUGAAAGAGACUUUGCUGUUUAUGGUGAUGAGUGCAUAUUCGGAGGUGGAAAAGUUUUAAGGGAUGGAAUGGGACAGGCUUGUGGGUGUCUGCCAGCUUAUUGUCUGGACACUGUUAUCACAAAUGCUGUGAUCAUUGAUUAUACGGGAAUUUUCAAGGCAGAUAUUGGUAUUAGAGGAGGUCUUAUUGUUUUCCUUGGGAAAGCAGGCAACCCAGAUAUCAUGGAUGGUGUAUCACAUGACAAAAUAAUUGGUGUUAACACUGAAGUCAUUGCGGGAGAAGGAAUGAUCGUUACAGCGGGAGGAAUCGACUGUCAUGUGCACUUCAUAUGCCCUCAACUAGCUUAUGAGUCGAUAGCAAGCGGCAUCACAACAUUAGUAGGAGGUGGAACGGGUCCUGCUGAUGGGACACGAGCAACUACUUGUACACCGGCACCAUCACAUAUGAAAUUGAUGCUGCAAUCUACAGAUGACCUGCCACUAAAUUUUGGUUUCACAGGAAAAGGGAACAGUGCCAAGCCAGAUGGGCUACAUGAAAUAAUCAAGGCUGGAGCAAUGGGACUGAAGCUUCAUGAGGAUUGGGGAACUACUCCUGCUGCUAUAGACAAUUGUUUGACUGUUGCAGAUCAAUAUGACAUUCAGGUUAAUAUCCACGCAGAUACCUUGAAUGAAUCUGGAUUUGUGGAGCACACAAUUGCUGCAUUUAAAGAUAGAACUAUUCAUACUUACCACAGUGAAGGUGCAGGUGGUGGUCAUGCUCCAGAUAUCAUCAAAGUUUGUGGUGUGAAAAAUGUUCUGCCCUCAUCAACAAACCCAACGCGUCCUUACACUUUAAACACCACAGAUGAGCACCUUGACAUGCUGAUGGUCUGCCAUCACCUUGAUAAGGACAUCAAAGAGGAUGUAGCCUUUGUUGAAUCGCGAAUUAGGGCUGAAACAAUGGCUGCAGAAGACAUUUUGCAUGAUAUGGGGGCAAUUAGCAUUAUAUCUUCUGAUUCACAAGCUGUGGGUCGCAUUGCAGAGGUGAUUUGCAGAACUUGGCAAACCGCUCACAAGAUGAAGUUAGUGAGAGGAUCAAUUGAAGCUGAUGGAUCAGACAAUGACAACCUUCGGAUAAAGCGAUACAUCGCCAAGUACACCAUAAAUCCUGCAAUAGCUAAUGGAUUUUCUCAGUAUGUGGGAUCAGUUGAGGUGGGGAAGUUGGCUGAUCUUGUCAUAUGGAAACCAUCUUUCUUUGGGGUAAAACCUGAAAUGGUGAUCAAAGGUGGUGCAAUUGCAUGGGCUGACAUGGGUGAUCCAAAUGCAAGCAUCCCUACUCCUGAACCGGUGAUGAUGAGGCCCAUGUUUGGAGCAUUUGGCAAGGCUGGAGGUGCUAACUCAAUUGCUUUUGUCAGCAAGGCAGCCGCUGAUUGUGGAAUUAAAACCCUGUAUGGACUCAGCAAGAGGGUGGAAGCUGUGGGCAAUGUGAGGGGGCUCAGCAAACUUGACAUGAAGCUCAAUGAUGCUCUUCCAAACAUCAAUGUGGAUCCUGAGACAUACACAGUUACUGCAGACGAUGUGGUUCUUACCUGCAAUGCAGCUAUCACGGUCCCUCUUUCUCGAAACUACUUCCUCUUUUAGGCUCCAUUGCCGAUAAUUCUGAUAGCUUACCGUCUUAUAUUUUAAUUCUAGAAAUUUGU